AUGCAUUUCAUUAUCAUUCCAUCCACCUCCUUGUUUUUUUUUCCCAUUUCAUUCCCUCUUCACCUUUCAUUAACAACAUCACAACCCACCACCGUUGACACCACCCACCACCACCAUCAUCCGCACCCGUCAGCCACCUUCGCCGCCACCCACCACCACCCGUCGCCACCGCCGUCGCCGCCACCCACGUCGCCGUUGCCACCUCCGAUCACCGACAUCACCCAACUUCGAUCAUCGCCGCUGCCACCUCCGAUCACUGUCGCCGUCGCCACCAACCUCCACCAUUGCUAUCAACCACCACCCACCGCCACCGCGGCUACCACCUACGACCACCGUCACUGCCGCUACCACUUCCGACCACCGCCGCCAACCACCUCUGCGGUCACCCACCACCACCAACGCUGUCACCACUUGCCACCGCCUCCACCCACCACCACCGCCAACCACCGUAGCCUCUACAACUGCCACCUAUUACCUCCCACCAUCACCGCCCAUCAUUGA